GGGUUUAGUCGGGUGGCGGUGGGUGGGUGGAGGCGACUGAGCGGUGGGCUGGGAUUAAGGAACCGUUAUCUGAGUUUAUAAAACGCUCGGGCGGCAGCAUCGCGCGGCACAACACGCGAGCAGUCCCACCCAGGAGUCUCAGCGAGGAGUCCCACCCAGGAGUCCCACCCAGGAGCCUCAGCGAGGAGUCCCACCCAGGAGUCCCACCCAGGAGUCUCAGCGAGGGGAUCUCAAGCGCGCCGCGGCCGUGCAAAGAGGAGGGAGGGUGCAGGGAGCUUCUGUAGGGGUCCCCUGGGCGAGGUCCAGCCAAAGCAGGCAUGGGCGCUUCGUGCUUCCAGCUGCUGGGGGUGUCGCUGGGCCUCCUGGGCUGGGUGGCCCUGGUGGUGGCCACGGCCACCAACGACUGGGUCCUGCUCUGCUCCUACGGCUUCACGGCGUGCGUGCGCUUCGAGGACAUGGGCAGCAAGGGCCUCUGGGCUCAGUGCAUCAGCAACAACGGCAUCGACCACUGCAAGCCCUUCGCUGAGAUAUUAGCCCUACCAGUGUAUAUACAGGUGUGCCGGGCACUCAUGGUGGUGGCCUGCGUGCUGGGCCUGCCGGCCAUCCUGCUCGCCAGCACGGGCCUCAAAUGCAUCCGCCUGGGCGAGGAGACGGCCUCCGAGAAGGCCCAGAGGGUGGUGGCCGGCGGAGUGAUGCUCAUCCUCGUGGGCCUGUGCACCCUGGUGGCCACCACGUGGUUCCCCGUGGGCACGCACAAGGAGAGCCUCAAGGGGGUGGUGAACUUUGGCUACUCGCUGUUCGCGGGCUGGGUGGGCACUGCGCUGGCCAUCGUGAGCGGCGCGCUGCUCUGCUGCUGCUCGGGCAGCAAGGAGGAGCGCUACUACGCCUACCCGGCCACCGCCAGCGCCGCCGCCGCCGCCGCCGCCGCCUCCGCCAGCAACAGCAACAGCACCGGCCCGGCCAGCCACGCCAAAAGCUCCCACGUGUGAGCCCGGCGCAUCGGAGAGCAAAGCGAUUGUGACGCGACCCGAAGAGGCGUUCGCUUCUCUCUCUCUCUCUCGGUUUCUGAGUUCGUGGCCCCGUGUUCCCAAAGCCAAGCGAGACGCACAUUUGUAAAGUGUCCCUCAAACAUUUAUACAUCUAGCCCACCUAAAAAGUGUUGUUUUGUACCCAAGCGAGAGGCACAUUUAUAAAGCGUAUCCCCAAAUCUCAAUUCAAACGCACCUUUGCAUCUUGUACCCGUGUACCCCAAACAACCCACCCCAGUGGCAUGUUUCCAAAACGUACACAAUUUGUACACGACCCAAGGGAACCUUUCGUUGAAUGUUUCCCAUAUCAAUGCGGUGUGUCCCUUAGCAUAAUGUA